AUGGUCUCUACCUCUCCCCGUCUCUACGCCGCUUACAAGAGCGUGUAUGGUCCCAAGUACCAUUACCAGCCUAACUUCAAGGGCUACACUGCCACCCAGCUCACUCGCGUUGGCUUCGCCACGGCUAAGUACGGUGCCGCCGCUCUCGUUGCCGUCAUCUUCUACGCCUCCGGUAUCCCCAGGGUGCAGAAGGAUGUCCUCUCUUACAUCCCUGUCCUUGGCCCUCUGACCGAGAAGCCCGCCAUCCCCGAAUCCGAUAACCCCUUCUAA